AUGGAGGACGAUCAGUGCUCCAAAGAUGCUGGAGAGGGCAUCGCCGUGAUCGGCAUGAGCUGUCGAUUCCCCGGCACAGCAACUUCGCCGCAAGGGUUGUGGGAGAUGAUGAAGAACAAGAAUACAGCUUGGUCUGAGAUACCGCCUGAUCGAGUGAACAUAGACGGUUUCUAUCACCCCGAUGGUCAAAGACAAGGCGGCAUUUCAUUUCGAGGCGCCCACUUUCUUUUGCAAGAUCUUGCUAGAUUUGAUGCUGCAUUCUUCUCAGUGACCGAGGAAGAAGCCAAAGCCAUGGACCCACAGCAGCGUCUGCUGCUUGAAACUUCGUAUGAGGCUAUCGAGAAUGCUGGGCUGCGGAUCGAAGAUCUCAGGGGAUCCAAUACUUCCGUUUUUGUGGGCUCAUUCGUCAAAGAUUAUGAGCAGGUUUCCCUCAGAGACGCCCACUACCAGCCACGAUAUGCUGCUACUGGUACCGGCAAUGCAAUAUUGGCCAAUCGAAUCUCUUACUUCUACGAUCUGCAGGGGCCCAGCAUGACCAUCGAUACAGGUUGCAGUGGCAGUCUUGUGGCAAUCCAUCAGGCGUGUGAGACCUUGCGCCACGGGGAAAGCUCGAUUGCGUUUGCUGCGGGCGCUGGAGUCAUCCUGACACCCAACACCAUGAUGCCCAUGACCGCUCUGAACUUUCUGAGCCCGGACGGAAGGUCUUUCAGCUUUGAUGCCCGGGCCAACGGAUACGGUCGCGGGGAGGGUGUUGGCUUUGUCAUACUCAAACGACUGACAGAUGCUCUGAGAGAUCAAGACCCCAUUCGUGCUAUCAUCCGUGGUACGGGUAUCUGCCAGGAUGGCCGAACUCCUGGCAUUGUCUUCCCGAGCACCAAAGCCCAGGUUUCAAAUAUCACAAGUGUUUACCAUAAGGCUGGCUUGUGCUUUGAUCAAACGGCGUAUGUGGAAUGUCAUGGCACUGGUACCAGAGCUGGUGAUUUUGUUGAGCUCAGUGCAGUUGCGGCGACUCUUGCAGCCGCUCGCUCCCAAGAUUCUCCAGUCAUUGUCGGCUCGGUGAAGCCAAACAUUGGACAUCUCGAAGGUGCUGCGGGAGUUGCUGGACUCAUCAAGAGCGUCCUUGUGCUUGAGAAGGGCGAGAUACCUCCGCAAGCCAACUUUAUGACUGGGAAUCCCAGGGUCAAUUUCCAGGAAUGCAGGCUCAAGGUCCCCACAGACUUAUGUCAGUGGCCUCUUCCUGGCCUCCGGCGUGUCAGCAUCAACUGUUUCGGCUUCGGCGGCACCAAUGCACACGCUAUUCUGGACGAAGCAGAAUUUCAUGUCAAAAGGCAUAGUCCUCCUCACAUCGGCAGGCUGGCAACUUUGGCAGAGGCAGAGAAAAUAGUGGUCGAAGACGAUUCUUCGACACCUUGGCCCCAGCUGUUCACCUUUACCUCACCCGACCAACAAGGCGUGGUCCGCAUCAUGCACCAAUAUGCGGACCACAUUUGGGAUACCCUUGAUUUCAAGACGACUGAAGACCUCAACAACCUCUCCUACACUCUCAACUGCCGACGCUCGCAGUUUGACUGGAAAGGCUACGUUGUCGCUAACACGCAGGAGGAACUGGCUGAGACCCUCGGCUCGACAGACGUGGACACGGUUGUGCGAUCCAAGACUCGACCUCAUCCCAAGAUUGCAUUCCUUUUCUGCGGACAGGGCGCCCAGUUCCCAGGAAUGGGAUCGGAGCUCUGUGAUCGAUUUGAAGUAUUCCGCAGCAGUCUUGAAGCAGCGACUGACCAGCCAGCCACAACAGCGAUCCAGAUGGGUAUCGUGGAUCUCAUGAAAGCAUACAAUGUGCACCCAUCAUCGGCGGUGGGACACUCGUCCGGCGAAAUCGCCGCGGCCUAUGCUUGUGGAAUGAUUAGCCGCGAGGACGCAUGGACCAUAGCGUUCUAUCGAGGAGCAUGCGCUGAACAGAUGAGCAUACGACUUUCAGGGCCCAGAUUCCAAGGCCUCAUGUGUGCUGUCAGCAUGUCCGAAGACGAUAUGCGGAGCUACCUUUUCUGCGAGGGUGUCUCCGAUACAAUCCAAGUGGCCUGCAUCAAUAGCCCCAAAUCUGUGACCAUCUCCGGUGACGCGAGCGGGAUACGACUCAUAGCCGUUGAGCUCAAGGAAAGGGAUGUUUACCAUCGAAUUCUCGACAUUCCGGUGGCCUAUCACUCUUACCAUAUGAAGUACGUUGACUCAGAGUAUAAAGCCUGUUUGCAGGAUCUACCCAUGGACUUUUGUCCUGGCAUUGCCCCGAUGUUCUCCUCCGUCACUGGCAGUCGUAUGGAACUUGGCGUCCAGUCUUCUAGAUAUUGGACUGAUAACCUCACCUCUCCUGUGCUCUUCUCUGAUGCUAUGAAGAUCAUGCUUCAAGAAUCGCGCCCAGAUGUACUUCUGGAGUUUGGGCCUCAGGGUACCUUGAGGACGUCUAUUACAGAUAUUCUUGAUGACAUGUUCGCCGGUCGACGGGUUAACCUAGCCCCAAGAUACGUGUCCGCCGUGGCACGCGGCAACAACGAGGCCUGUUCCGUGCUGUCAGCCCUUGGGGCACUUUGGUCGCAAGGCUGUAAUGUAGACAUGCAAGGCAUGGUCAGGAAGACUUUUGUUCCUUUGAAGACUCUACCUGACCUUCCAUCUUAUCCCUGGGACCACUCUAGACAGUACUGGCACGAAUCACCAAUGAGUAGAGAAUACCGAUCGCGUAGUCACGGUCGCCAGGACCUUCUCGGCGAACCGACAGCCGACUCGAUACCCAUGGAACCGCGGUGGCGGGGUUUCUUGCGCGUGUACGAGAGUCCUUGGAUCAGGGACCACCAAGUACAAAGGACCAUGAUCUACCCAGCCGCCGGUAUCAUUACAAUGGUCAUCGAGGGGAUCCGACAACACACAUCGGACAAAGCGGACAAGAUUGCCGGCUUUGAGAUCAUCGACAUGGUUAUCGAAGCGCCGCUGAUUGUUCCCGAAAGCCGAUAUGGUCUCGAGACGAGCUUGAAUGCAAAGCAGCUUUUCCAAGAAUGGCAUCAUUCCGGUGGCAUGUCCUUCUCAUGGACAAUAUACGCCAGAGCUGAAGGAAGACCCUGGGCUCGACACGCUUGGGGCGAGGUGCAAUGCCACAUGCAGGCAAUGCCUGGUGCUGAGUCUGACCAAACACCAGCGUUCAGCUGCGAGCAUAUGUUCAAAGCCGCUGAACUAAAGUCAACUGAGGUCGUGAGUCCAUUGCAUAUGUACCAGGCGCUCGAAGUUGUGGGCAUGAACUACGGUCCAUCAUUCCGUAAUAUCACCUCUGUGUCCCGAGGUGAAAACGUCGCAGUGGGACAGGUCACAAUUCCUGACACAAAGUUCAUCAUGCCGCACAAAUUUGAAUUCGAUCAUAUAUUGCACCCGGCAACUCUUGAUGCGAUGUUUCAGUUGCUGUUGGCAAUUGACACAGCGCCAAUGGUACCUACCAGAAUCGAUAGCAUCUACGUCUCAACGCAAAUACCCAAGGACCCAGGAACACGACUCGACGGAUUCGCAAACAUUACUUCAACCAGCGUGAAGGGCGUUAGCGCACAGCUUGCGAUGACAGUCCAAAACUGGGAUCAACCUGCCGUCGUUAUCGAAGGUCUUCAUUUGAAUGCGCUGCCGCAGACUAAUUUCUUGCCUGGUCAUCACAAUCUGUGCACUGAGAUUCGGUGGAUGGAGUUCUUCGGCACAGCGAAACCCUCUCAAUUUUCGCAUCUCCUUCAGCUUGUGGCUCACCAGUACGCCGGUCUGUCAAUUUUGCAACAUGGAGGCAACUACGACAUGGCCAAACAUGUACUCGACAUGGUGGCCUCUGGCGAUGAUCACGUCCCCCGCCUUUUGCGAUACUCUUUGACAGGUCUAGACCAAGAAGUCCUUGUGGCCCUCAAGAACGCGUAUAGCGGCUCUCCUAUCAACAAUCUUUUAGAGCGCCGUGCACUCAGCGGCAACGUGGAGGCUGAUCCAAGAUACCACCUCAUCAUCUCGUCCUCUCGCAACAGCGACCGAGAUCAUUGCUGGCGCUGCUGCACCCAGAUGGACUCCUGCUUGAGACAAGGCCACAUGAUUCUUCUCCGAAGGGCAAUUGUGACCCUCAACACGUCACCAUGCCAUACUCUCAGGAUGGAAACUAUCUGGAUUGCCUCUCCAAGCGUCAUUGACAAUAUCGUCCAGGUACAUUUGCGUUCCAUCCUACAAGUCCCCGCAGACGGCGUGGUUAGGGAAACAGAGUAUGCCGAAUCGAGCGGCAAAUUAUUCAUACCGCGUCUUGUGCCUAUCACGUCCCUGAAUGCCCUCAUCAGGGAUAAGAAUCUGGACAUGCAUCCGCGCAUGAUGCAAUUCUUCGAUGGCCAUCGCAACGAGUUGACAAUCAAAAAGGUGACGGAAGAACGUAGCGAUCCUUGCUCAAACUUCUGCUUCAGAAGAGCUUGCCCCCCCUGCAACCCGACUUGCGGCGCAGACAAGGUUCGGAUUAUGUAUCGUGCAUCAUUCCUCCAGCACCAUGAUUGGCAGACACUAGCCGGACUCACCAAGGAUGACACGAUCGGUAUUGAUUUGGCGGGCAUCGUUCUUACCGUUGGCGAUUCUGUUCACAACAUCAGGCCCGGUGAUCAGGUCGUGGCUGUCGUUCCAAGAGGCGCCUUGAAGAGUGUACAGGAUAUUGAUCAGCGAUUCGUCAAACGAGUUCCUUGCGGCCUUCGAAAGUGCAUUCCAAGUGCCUGGAUUCAGGCCUACUAUGGUCUCGUCACGCGAUGCGCCAUCACCAGUGACCAAACCGUUCUGAUUCUUCACGGAACCAGUGCUACUGGGCAGGCUGCUAUCCAGAUCACGCAAGCCUUGGGCGCAAAGGUCUACACAACCAUCAGUGGCAACGAUCUACAAGUUCAACGCAGAGAACUGUCUCAGCACUUCAGCCUCGACGCCGAUCGCGUUUAUAACUCUGAUGAUUCGGACUGCCUAGUCCCAGACGCCUGCCGGCCAUACGAGGAUCCUCCUCUGAGCAGCAUUAUCCGCCUAGACCUCGCCCUGCUUCUCGAAAAUGAGCCGGCGCUAGUCGGAGACAUAUUUACCAGAGUCAUAGAUUUUGUGCAGGAGCACUAUGGAACGAUUCAGCCAGUGCUCUUCACACGGGCUUGCGCCGUUGAUUCUCUGUCUCAUGGGUUCGCCGCGGUCAGAGACAAUGGAUCAUGCGGAGGCACACUUGUUACAGCAGAUACCAGCAGUAUGGUACUCCUCCCUCCGUCCUGCCAGAACUCGCGGCUUCAAGACGCUCUGGAUGAUGGGACUUACGUCCUAGCUGGGGGUCUUGGUGGCCUCGGCCGCAGUGUCGCCCGACGGUUAGCCGGUGAGGGCGCCAAGAACAUCGGAUGCCGCCCGUCUCCGGCAUCGUCCAAGCCGCAGGUAAUCCUCCAGGACUCGCUAUAUGAUAAGAUGUCGUUCGAAGACUGGAUGAAAGUGAUGAGACCAAAGACCCUUGGCUCUUCCAACCUUGUCCAGCACUUCGGACGACCAGCCGAUCUGGCUAAGCCUCCUUGGUUCAUUUUUCUGUCCAGCUCUGCUGGGAUCAUUGGCAAUAGAGGUCAAGCCAACUAUGCCGCGGCCAACGUCUACCUAGAUGCCCUCGCGCGCAGCGGCAAGAUCAUGGGACGCGCCUAUGCAUUGGACAUUGGCCCGAUCCUGGCUGCAGGCAUGGCCACCGACAGCGACGAGACGCUGAAGAUACUGCGAGCCAGCGGAUUUUACGGGAUUCGUCUGGACGACUUCUUGAAAGUCUUUGAGCGCGCUGUCGUCGGGGAGAUCCUUCCCGAUGUCUUGAUGCCGUCGCAAGUUGUGUUGGGGGUCGGCACGGGUGGCUUGAUGCUUCAAAACAAGUCGGCGUGA